CCUGGACUCUAUCCUGACUCUGUAUUAGACCUAUUAAUGAGAAAUGCUUCUGGCACUAAUGAGUCAACUCCUUGCGCAAGGCUAACAAAAUUGAACUGGAGAAAUUGAGUAAACAGGCUGAAGAGAGGGGAAAUCAGAUGAGACAAAACCUAAAUUAUUCUAUGCUGAAACCCCAAAUGAAGAUGAGCCACUUAUCCAUAAUGAAGAAGCUAAGUAAGUAUUUUCCAGAUUUAGAGAAGAGUUUUUAUUGUAAUAUAUAA